CAUAACCGACAACAUAGCCACUCUCUUUUCUGACGUGCCAUGGCUGAUCCUCUCCCUCCGCCUGCUUGCUUGGCCAUGGACGACUAUCAUGCUGUUGACGCUGCAAGGAAACGCUUUGUCAAAAAGUCGUGCUUUCCCAUCAUUUCUUCUGUACCUAACCUGCGUCAUUUCUUUUCAUCGCACAAGCUACGGUCGCGAGAGCAAGCUGAGGAGCACGAGGAGCAAACCGAUGAACGACAAGAGAGCCAGUUCGAGGAGCCUGAGGAUGUCGCCUCCUCCGCCAUCGACCCCGACACCCAGGUCGAAAUAGGUCUCCCAGUAUUUGGGGUCGAUGCUGACGAUACCCAGACCAAGUUUAGAUGGGCUGUCCUGUACGAGAAUCAAAGGGGCUAUACACUAUUCUCUCUUCCGUUCUAUUCUCGACGGUCUCUCCUUCCCAGAGAUCCCUAUCCCUUCACAGCUCCUUCAACCUCUAACAAACGAAGUGAACAACCAAACUAUUCACUAACACAAUAUCCACUACCAGACGGAAAUUGGCAAUGGGUGUCAAAGCAAUGGAUGGUUGACAUGCAGUCGGAUUCAGGCCAGGUGCAGUAUGACGGGUUUGAAUACAACUGGAUGUUCCGGAAGAAGCAUUGGACGGCGGAGGUCGGUGGCUUCGUGCGACGACGUCGUUGGAUCAGACUGAUGAAGCGUCCCGCGAAAACGGCCAAGAAGAAUAUUGAGGACGAUGUUGACAAUGGGAAUACAACGGCCUGGUCAUCGAGACCAGAGGGAUCGACACUGCAAUCGGCCUCCGUGUCAUCGAACCUUUCAGAUGAGCUGCUCGAAGGGAAGGCUGAUGAACUAUGGCUGAAGCAUGACCUGCAUGCUCGCUGGGUUGAGUAUUGCAAGCUGAUGAAGAUGGCUGGUCGCGACGCGAAGAAGCUGGAGUUGUGGAAACGGUGGCUUGCUCUGAAGGAUCCGAAUAAGAUACCUGUUCAUGAAGAUAUUUCCAAUCUAUUGGCAGUAUAUGGCGACGAUAUCCGCAACUCUUUUGUCUAUCCUGACUCUCGUGCGCAGUUCAUGAGCAUGCUGAGAGAUGCUGGAAUGCUGGAGUCACUUUUUUCCAACGCUGGGAUACAGUCUGCACAUAGCUUGGUUGAUUUUUGGAGUUAUGAACACGGUAAAUAAGUUAAGACGUUAAUUAUAAUAGAAUAUCACAUGUAUCCGCUAGUGCUUUCCAUGAUGUCGUUCGCGCUUUGCGC